GGGUUUUGGGGAUAAGAUUUCAAAUUUUGAAAAAUAAAAAAAUUUAAAUUUUUCAAAAGAUAAAAUGCUAUUUUGGUCAUUUUAGUUUUUGAGUGCUAUUUUUGUGAUAUAAACUUAGAAAUGUGCUAUUUUAGAGAUUUGCCCUAAAGAAAAACUUAAAUCAAUAAAAAGAAAAGCAGUUUCAAAGCCAAAAAAACAAUUUGGUUUAGUAACUGAUCCAUUUAUUUUUCUAUAUAAAAUAAAAAAUUUAGAUAAAAGUUUUCUUAUAUUUUUUUUUUUGGUAACAAUGGUAACAUGUUAUUACCAUUUUCUAAUUUUUUUACAGAAAGAUACUGAGGCAACAAAUAAACAGAAUGCAUAAAUCAAAGCUAAACACACACUCAAUCCUAACUAUGCAGGGAACAAAACUCUAAGCUAAGCAUCAAAAGCAAAAGAUACAAGACAAACUGAACUAACACUUGCUGCAAAAUGAAACCCUCAGUGAUUCCGAGGACUGAACCCGGUAGAAUUUGGUAUGCCCGAUGAUCAGUCCUUUAUGAUAGGGCUUUUCAAGAACAGCUUAUGCAAGCAACUUGCCUGGCAGCCUUCACGGAUCAAAGCCUUCACCCGUAGCCAAGGCACCCACGCAGACAAGGAGGAGCUUUAUUUGGAGAAGGAGCCACCAAAGCUGCCACACACCACCGAACCUGCAUCAAGAUGACGGAGAGAACAAGCUCCGCCUUGAGUCAAAGCGGCCAGGAGGAAGCCCUAGAUCAAGCCCCUGAUACUUGCAAUCCCGCACGCGCCACCACCGAGAAGAACAGCCGUGGUUGACAAGUCCAACGACUGGCCUCCUCACAUGCGCCCCCGCUACGGAGAACCCGUAACAGACCAACCUGACUGGAACCGAUGGCAACUCCGACGAACCCCCGAGAGACCGAUCGACUGGCUUAAAACAACGGCACCGAUGACCACUGAAGAAGCAGAAGAGACACCGCCUCUCAGCCACCACGGAGACACAGAAACGUCACCAGCCUAGCGGAUUGACUCACCCAAGCCGAGAAGACAGAACGAGGAGGCAGAGGAAGAGAGAGAACCCGCCACCAAAAUCUAGAUCUGACCCAGAUCUAGACCACCACCACCACGAACCAUCAGAAAGGAGCCUCACAUCCAUUCCCCCGCUGCGAUUCUCCAGAGAUCCGAAGCCAAACGUCAGAUCUGAGCCGCGGCGACGCAUAGCCUUAGAACUCCAAGAAAGGAACCGAAGGAGAGGAGGGAGAGGAGAGAUGAGAGAGAAGAAGAAAAUAAAAGGGAGAGGGGGGGGCGACCGGCGACGGAAGAGGAAUGGAGACGCCGCCGGCCACCCUAACAGCAAAGAGGAGCUAGGUUUCUUUUGGGAGGAUUUAAGAGAGAGAACUCCUCAAAAAUUUCUUCUUCAAGUUUUCUUAUAUUUCUCACACCACUUCGUUAUCACACGAUUUUUGUAACAGUUACUCUUCUUGUUGAAGGAGGUUUGACUCACAAUGCUAUUGUCAUAAAUUCAUCUCUUACUGCAUUCAAGGUACUUUCUAAAAUUAUCGUAAUGCCUCCAUUUUGACUCUUCAUGUUAAAGAGUGAUGAAAUUUCAUUUUCUAACCAGGUAAAGCGAUGGCUUCUGAUGAUAUUCUUCCAGAGAAAUUCUUUUCAAUGAUUAAAAAAACACAAUUUUUAAGUUUCAAAAAAAAAACACAAGUUUUAUGGGAAGCUUAGUGCAAAGGCAGCUGAAGAGUAAAAUACAAGUUAGUGUCUAAAUACAACACCCAAAUUCUUCAAUACUUCAAUCUUAAUUUGCAUCAUGUUGAUUUUCCAUGAAUCCUUAUUUCCUCUAACCUACUUUUAAUAUUUAUCCUUAUGAAAGCAAUUCGUGUGAUCAAUUUUUAAAAUAUAUUAAAUUAAUCUUGAUUUGCUAGGAAAUGUUUAUUGGAUGUGGUGAUAAAUAGAUGAAGGAAAGCUAGAAGCUCACCUUAAACCAGACUUACAAGGCUCCUAACAUACUUGAGAAGCACUACAAGUAACAAAAAAAUAAGAAAGUGUGGUGAUAACUAGAAGGCAAAAAUAGAGCGUAAGAAGCGGUGGUAGAAACAAAGAUUCACGUUUACUCUCUAGAUCAAACCGAGCCUCAGGUUAGCUUUUUUUUUCCUAAUCUUAUAGAAAUUCUAGGGUUAACCCACCAUACGGCGGGAUGAUAAAUUCAAAAUAAUUUCAAAACUUCUUAAAUUUGAAUGAGCAUUUGUAUAAAUAUAUUUUAAUUAUAAAUGUUAUUUUCACUAAUUAUUUUGUUAGAGUUCACAAAUUUGUCUUGAUUAUGAUUGUAUUUGGAAUUAAAAUCUUUAAUGGUAGUUGAGUAGAUUCUAUAAAAUAAAUAUAUAAUGUUUCUUAUUUUUGAAUUCAUUGGAAUUUUUUGAAAAAAAAAACAUUUUCUCUAAAAUUUACUAAUUCAAAUGAUACUGAGACUGACAAAUCAUAGAUUGGAGUCAAUGCUUUAGAUGUGUACAAAGGAAAAACUCAUUAGAAGUAAACAUUUCUUCCUUAGUUGUGGACAAAGAAAUUUAAGAGAAAUCAUAAGCCCAGAAUACAUUCCUUAGUUGGUCUGCAUCGUUUAUAUCUAUUACUUAAGUCUCCUCUUCCAUGGACCAUCAGCUAGAAAUAUUUUGGGAUAGUCAACUGCAUACAGCAAAAAUAGUGGUAGAAUAAGGCACGUAGUCUCCUCUUCCAACGUCCAGCAAAUUAGGCAACACAUAACAACGCUGAAAACUGUUUCUACAUAGUCAAAUUUGUGUUAACGUUGUUCCCAAUAUCCAUCAAAGGAGCCCUGUACAACUUCAUCGUCUUAGCAUCUGAGUCUGGAGCUAGUACAACAUUUCCUCUUGGGCCGUGUCCUUUAAACGUUAUAUAUCUUAGUUACACACUUCCUCUUGGUUCCAUGUCCUUUUAAACUUCAAGAACCCUACACCCUUAGAAUCUACUUGCCUCAUUCUUGUCAUUAGCAGUACAGCCAGUUCGAGUUGCAUUUCUUACAUGAUUCAUAUCGUUUAAUCUCUUGAAACCUAGGCUGCAGCAGCAGAGCACCGUACUUCUCUUUGCUACAUGGCUUGAACCAUGAGCUCUUUACUCUAACCCGAAACCCAAAUUGUGUAGCGUAGCAGUUAUGGUAGUUAUAAUCAUCAUCACAUGACUCAAACUCCAUUACAACAGCUGGGGCAUAAAACUAAUCAGUUCAUCAAACUCUCUUGUUUCUUCUCCUUCUUCUUCUUGUUAACUUAUUUUGUUUAUUCGUUUUCACUAAAUCCAACAUAUCUCAUGGUCAAUACCACAAGCUAGAGCUCUCCAGUCUUUUAAGUGCAUCCCCCAUCUCUGACAAUGAAUCAUCUCUUUAUUGGGUCUGUCAGUAUGUGAAUACGCAACUGGAUGUACCUGUUAUACACCACAACCAAUGAUGAUUAGUGUAAAGUUGUAAAACCCAAAAAAAUUACAAACGUUGUCAAUACAAAAGCAUUUCAAUUUCUGUUUUCUUCUAAAAACAAACACAAAACACUCAACAUCGGAUCUGAAAAUCCAUUUACUUCACCACUCGUGAAACAACUGAACUAAAUCAUAUUUGUUAGGGUAAAAUAUGUUCUUCAAUCGAUGAAACGAUGAUUAAGCAAUAAGCUUUCCUUACAGGAACUAAAUGGUUGGAUAAGUUGUGCAAGAGAUCUCUACGAAACCCUUCAGUUUUACUGUCGGAUUGACACACUUUUUUUUAAUAUAACGUUACUAAAUUUUGUAGAUUUUCUUAUAACAAAUACUUCAAACUGAAUCUACCAUUGGAAAUGAAGAAAAUUAAAAAAAAAAGUAAUACGAGAAAACAAAAAUAUACAUGAAAAAACGAAAAGACUACAAAAAAAUACCGACUUCAAUUAUCUACAAAAGUAUGUUAAUAUUUAGUUGUAUUUAUGCAAGAGAAAUGCUUUCGCUUAAUUUUCACAGUAUCUAAUAAUUUUUAUUGUUUUGUCAAAUAAAAAUCAAUAUUUUAUAUUCAUUUGAUUAUACAUUAAACAUGACUGUGCGAAGCACAGGAAAUUAUACUAGUUAGUUGAAUAAAUUUGAACUCAUAUUUUAAUAAGAUUUUUAGGUGAAAAACAAGUGCUUUAAUAAUUGUGCAAUAGCCUAAAAUUUCAUGUAUAUUGGAACAGGUGGAGUAAUAGAUUCUAUGGCUAUCUUAUACAUUAGUCAAAAAACACUAGAAACUCGAAUCAAACAACAUAAUAGCUAAUUAAUUAUGUACAUUAAGUGUGUGUGUUUUUUGGACCGACUGAAUCAACCGAUAGAGAAUAUCAAUAAAAAGAACAAGAUCUAAAGUACAAAUUUCGAACUAGCUAAUGUCACAAAUAUAUUCAGUCUCUAUCUUGAACGCUUGACAUUCUACGAGAUCUUCAAUCAUUUUUCGUAAAUCCUUUUCCGAAAGAAUGACACUGUCCAAAUCAAUUUGUCCAUUUUCACAUGUAAAUCUGAUAAAUUUAUCUUGUAACUUUGGUAUCAAAAAGAUUCACAUCUUAUAUUAUUUCGUAGACCCCACAUAAUUUCAUUAAUAGUGUUUUCAGGCAAAGAAACUAUUCACGUUGACAUUAAGCUUUGGUUAUAAAAUCUUCAAUUGUAAAAACUUCAUAUGAUUUAAAUGAUAAAUAUUGACACCGACUUAGAUAAAAUCUUCUUUAUAGGAAUUUAACAUUUUGAUUACCAAUUUAAAAUACGAUUGACAAAUAAAAAUUUAAAAUUACGCAUUCCAUUAGAGAAUUCCCGAGAAUCAAGAUAGGGGUUGAAGACACCAUCCUUUGGAAUGCACUCUUCAACCUUUAUAUCGCCAACAGUAGUCACAGAUAGCACAUCAGCCGUAUUUGAUUAUGUUAUCCAUGAUGAGGUAACAAAAACCGUCAAAUCACUGGUUUCCUGGUUCUUAGGUCUAACCACCUUCUUGACAACUGCAGCAUCAACUAUUUUGCUCCUAAAAACUUCUUUGACUUGCUGGAUAAUUUCUUUUUCAGGAAGUCUAUGAUCAUAACUACUGAUGUAGAAUACAUGUAAGCGAUUUUUUGUUCUCUUAAAGAAUAUUUGAUUGUGUUUUUCAUUUGCACUUGGAUAUGUUCUUCUACCAGUCAGCUUCAUAGCUUUCUCCAAAUCUUCCCUCGAGUCUAGAUGGACAUUAGCUUUCGUCUUAUUUGUGACCGAAUCGUCAAACAGCCCAAUUCCAACAACUCUCACUUUAUUAUCUUUUAAAAACUUCACAACAUCAGCUCGUGUUGUUAAUAUAUCAAGUCAAGAUUUAAAGGAUCAUUGAAGGAUACAAUGCAACUAAUGGUAUCCGGAUUCCUUUUCAUCUUAUGCCUCUUUCAUUCAUGGAUCUUCAGCUCCAUGCCUUUUUUUUUUGCUUAGAACUUUAUCAUUUAUGAUAUUUUUUAUACCAAAUGAUUCACGAAAAACAGUGUAGUUAGAGGGUAAGAAUAUCUCUCUCACUAGUCACUAGUUUUUAAAAUAGAGAAAAUUACCUUCUGAGUCACAUUUUGACUUUAAAAUUACAUAAUAAGUCAUUUUCCACUUAACACUAACACACACAUUUUAGUUGUUGAAUGUCCAUACUAUCAUGCAAACCAACAUCUCGCUCGUUACUUUUUAUUCCUAAAUUGAAUCUUUGGUUUACAUUAUUGAUUUAAAUUUUAGAAUUAUUUGCCUAAUUCAGAACCCUAAUUCGGAGACCCUCCUCUCUUCCUCCACAUUGAUAGAAAAGAGAGAGAAAGAGAAAACGUGGAAGCAUCGUAGCCUAUUGGUUAAAGUUUAAAGGCUUCUACACCCAGGUAUGGGGUUUGAAUCCCAGACUAUGCAAUUUCUUGCAGAUUACAGGAAAUCUAGGUUUCAAGUCCCGGAGAAGAGCGAUUUAUUAAUGCAGACUACAAAAAAAAGAUUUAGGAAUCUUCAACAUGGUGCAAGUAAAUCUGGUCAGGAAUGGAUCUUCAUAGGACGGCUCAGAUGAUGCAAUUAGGCAUAGAUCUUCUGAAGACAGGUAGUAUUGUCGAUUGUCUAUGUAAUUUUUCUCAUAAAUGUAAUGUCAUAAUAAAUCAGCGUUCAAAAAAAAAAAAGAGAAAAUACCUUAAACAGAGAGAAUCUGACUUUUGCGGCGAUUCCAAUGACUCGAGAUGACUCUCGCUUGAGUCGACUCAAAACUAGAUUUUUGUAGAAUUGUUAUGUAAUAUGGCCAUAAGCAAACCAUGUUCUCAUCACCUGACAAUCAGCUGCGUCACUGGAGCUUUUCCGGACGAUGGAGCCAAAGAAGCAUCUUCUUCUCUCUCUACUUCUAGUUCUUGGUAAUGACAAGCAAUGGUAUUAAAAGCAUAUGUCGUUGCUUUGAUUCAGUCCACAACUUCCCUGCCUUUUAAUCCGAUGGUGGCUUAGGCGGAGGAGCACUGUGUUAUAUUAUGGGCCAGUGUGGUUGAUGUUGUUUUUGUGCUUAACUGCUUUAUAUUGCAGCUUAUGGAAUCAGUUCUUGGGUAAAUUGUUUGUGUUCUCAUCGAUUUUUACAUUUUUGUGUUGUUGUAAGGUUUUCUGUGGGGAGCCAAUCCAACAGCCAGUUCCAUCGGCGUCACAUCAUUCUACAUCAAUCCGUCCUAGGGUUCGAGAAUACCAAAGAGGUAAAGCUUUAACUUUAGUAGAUUCUUUUCUAUGUUCGUAUUAAUUAUAAGAAUACCAAGAAUCUGAUUAUGAGUAUGUGUUAGUCUAUGGUAACAAUGCUGGUAUUGAAACGUGUGUUGACUAUUAAUGUUUAGGUGCUGGUAAAACCACAAUGUGUGCCAAGUAUGCUUAUUAUCAUCAGAAGAAAGUUUACAAACCAGCUCGGUAUGUGUCGAUAGUUUUAGGGCUGUUGCAAUCGAUCGGCUUGAACAGAAUGCUACCAAGACUAGGAUUCCUUAUUAUUGAAGGUAUGAAGGUUUCUUAUCUUAGUAUUAGCUUUCUUCUUACAUGUUUUUAAGACCUUUGGUGCUUCUGUUUCCAAUAUAAUAGUACUUCACGUGUUGGAAUAUGUAUAAAUCGAUGGAAUUUCUUUUGUGAUGAUGAAGUCAAAGUACAACCGUAAAAAUUCAUGAAAGUUUUUGAUUUAGGCUCGAUGUUUGGUCUAAUACUGUGGCUGCAAAAACCAAACAACUGUACACAAAUAAGACUGAUUCUGAUUCGAACAGCGGUGUUGCGGCGGUAAUUUCGUCUACAAAUUACCUUCCACAAAUAACCAUCCACAUUGACAUACUUACAUUCUUUUUAUGCAUACUCGUCUAUAAAUAACCGUCCACAAAUAUCCAUCCACACACACUCAAUAUGUACUUAACCAUGUUCAAAUUUGGGUUUAUAUACCAUUAACAUGUACACAACUCUCUCAUCCAUAUUUCCCUAGUCAACAAAACCUUUUUCCAUAUUAUGUAUGUCCCCACUUUUUCUAUCCCUGUUUUUUAUAUCCAUACUUUUUAUGUCCUUAAAACUAGUAUUUAACAAAUUAAAUUUUAUAUUAUAUCAAAGUAUUUAUAUAUGGAUAUCAAAAUAAGGAAAAAAGUAUUUUUUUAUUCAUAUGGUAUAUAUGUUUUUCGGAUGCAGAUAUUAUUAACUAACGUUGUUAAUACCUCAAAAUGCUAAUAAAUACAAGAAAAUCUACUUGAAUUUAUUCAAACUUAAUAACAUAUUUUAUCACCUAUAUUUGUGUAUAUUCUAAAACAUGUUUACAUAUUUUAUAGUCAAAUUUAUUUUUAUCAUUACAUUACACAUGUAAUAAUUUGCACAAAUAUAAAAUUUUAACAUUUAAAUAUAGAUACACGAUAAAAAAUUAUAUCGAAUAUAUUCAUUUUUUUGAAGAUAAACCCACAUUUUGAAACGGCGGAUCAAAAUCUAUUGCACUCUUUAAAAUAAAAUAAAAACAGUUUCUUUAUAAAGAAGUACAACCCGGAAUUGGAUUCGAAGAAAACACAAUCUCUCUGUCUACUGCCCCCUUCUAGUUUCGGCCCAGUCAAAUAUGCAGUUAUCAUCGGUUGCUUAAAUGGGCCUACAAAUUAAUCGUAACACACAUUUUCUACGCGAUUUUUUCUUCUCUUUGGUUUCAAAUCGAUUAUUCGAUAAAGAUUCCUAACAUAGUAGCGACAAACUUGUCAAAACAUCAAUCAAUAUUAUCAACUUUAUAGUAUUUUCUAAAUGACACAAAAUCUGGUUCCUGCAUAGCCAAACCGUUUCGUACUACUUUUGAUAAAACAAACUAAAAGCAAAUGAUUAAACAAUUAACGAAGAGUACGACUUAAUUAAUCGGAAUUUAAUUACAUCCAUUACCUUCUCCUUGUGUACGUUACCAGUUAUCUUCUAAGUGUCACGCGAGAAACCUGAUGAUGCCUAUAAAGCAAAGACGUCUUGUAGUAUAAGAUUUUCAAAGCAAAACAAGAAACAUGAUCAAACUAUUAACCAUGCACGAGCUAAUCGGAAUAUUUGCAUCCAUUACCCUCCUCAUAUAUGUUGCAUGUCUCUUUCACACCAAACGACGUCGUGUGAACCUGCCUCCGGGACCAAAUCCAUGGCCAGUGAUAGGCAACAUGUUUCAGCUGGCUGGUUUACCGCCGCACCACUCAUUGACUAAUCUUUCGCGGCGUCACGGACCUAUCAUGACUUUGCGGCUCGGCUCGAUGCUGACGGUUGUGAUCUCUUCGAGCGAAGUGGCUCGGGAGAUUUUGAAGAAGCACGACGCAGCUUUGGCUGGUCGGAAGAUUUAUGAGGCGAUGAAAGGAGGGAAGAGUAGUGAUGGCUCGCUGAUCACGGCUCAGUACGGUCCGUAUUGGCGGAUGCUGCGUCGGCUCUGUACCACUCAGUUCUUUGUCACGCGCCGUCUUGAUGCUAUGAGUGACGUACGCUCUAGGUGCGUCGAUCAGAUGCUUAGGUUCGUGGAGGAGGGCGGUCAAAACGGUACAAAAACUAUCGACGUGGGGAGAUAUUUCUUCUUGAUGGCAUUUAACCUCAUAGGAAACCUUAUGUUCUCAAGAGAUUUGCUUGAUCCCGAUUCAAAAAGAGGCUCCGAGUUUUUAUACCACACCGGAAAAGUGAUGGAGUUCGCUGGAAAACCCAACGUUGCCGAUUUCUUUCCACUCCUAAGGUUUAUUGACCCACAAGGCAUCAGAAGAAAAACGCAGUUUCACGUGGAACGCGCGUUUGAGAUCGCCGGAGAGUUUAUCAAAGAAAGAGCUGAGGUUAGGGAGAGAGAAAGGAGCGAUGAGAAAACGAAGGAUUACUUAGAUGUUCUUCUCGGGUUUCGCGGUGGCGAUGGAGUUGACGAAGAACCUGCUAGGUUCUCUGCAAGAGAUAUCAACGUUACUGUUUUCGAAAUGUUUACGGCGGGGACGGACACAACAACGAGCACGUUGGAGUGGGCAUUAGCUGAGCUACUACACAACCCAAGAACCCUAACCAAACUUCAAAACCUACUCCGAACCUACUUCAAGUCCCCGAACCAGAAACUCCAAGAGGAAGACCUCCCGAACCUUCCGUAUCUCUCGGCGGUCAUCAUGGAAACCCUAAGGCUUCAUCCACCUCUUCCUUUCCUGGUCCCACACAAGGCCAUGUCCACUUGUCACAUCUUCGACAAAUACACUAUCCCUAAAGAAACACAAGUCUUGGUCAAUGUUUGGGCCAUUGGUCGUGACCCUGCAACAUGGGUGGACCCGAAUAUGUUCAAACCCGAGAGAUUUAUAACCGACCCGAAUCCAAGAGACUUCAAAGGACAAGAUUACGAGUUCUUACCGUUCGGGUCGGGACGAAGGAUGUGUCCGGCUUUGCCUUUGGCGUCACGGGUGUUGCCGUUGGCGAUUGGGUCUAUGGUGAGAUCGUUUGAUUGGGCCUUAGCUGAUGGCCUCAAGGGAGAAGAAAUGGAUAUGGGAGAAAAGAUUGGUAUUACAUUGAAGAAAGCUGUUCCUUUGGAAGCGAUUCCCAUUCCUUAUCGAGGGGAUUAGAUUUGGGCAUGCUUCUGGCGAUGUAUAGUUUAACACUUCAAUCAUCAAAACCGGAUCCAAUAAGCAUAUACUCCCAAUAAAACGGAUCUAAAAUGUGAGUAGUUAUUUAAGUUUGUUUUGGAGAAUUUGAUUGACGAUAUAGUUGAUCUAGUUGUUAAGUUGAUCACAUUUGCCGUUAUCUUGUCUUUUUUUUUUGUUGGUUGGAAAUAAAAACUAAAUAUUUUGUUUUUAAAUAGCUAUUGUGCUUACAUGAAUACGUAGCAAGCAAUUACUAGAACUAGGUCCAUGUCCGCCCUACGGGCGGAUAAUGUGGUGAUGUAUUUUUCUUUUUAGUUUAUACAAAGAACUUACAAAGUUUGAUAAAUUUGUCUGCCCUAUGCAAUAUCAUUUGAUAAAUUUGCCCUAAAGAACUUACAAAGUUUUUGAACUUGGGAAGUAGGUAGUGAUCUUGUUAUCCUUUUAUUAAUGUUUUUUUUGAUGAUUUCUUUUGGCCAAAAGCUAUAUUUACAACGCAUCUUUCAUGUAAGUUCAAUAUCUUGACAAAAUUUUAGAGGUAAAGAAUUUUGAAUAUAUGAAAAGAGAGUGAAAAAGAAAUCAUACAUAUAGUUUGUAUAUAUUUAAAUCUAUAAUAUAAUGAAGCACUUUAGUAUCUCUAAAAUGCAUUUGAAGAUAGCAAUAUGAAGAUAGUGAACGCCAAUGACAAAAAUAGUCUCUCUAAUAAUCAUAUAUAAUUAUCUAUUAGUAUCAAAACCUCUUACUUUAUCACACCGGUCACAUUGUGAUUAACAAAGCGGUUCAAACAGAGAGAAGUGCCUGGUUUGUCUGGCUUCCUGUUGCAUCCAGUGUAUGAGACAAAAGACCAGACAUUUUGUUGCAAAACCUCAACACCAAAGCCUUGCAAGACUCCUAGAUUGCAAGCAUAACCAAAGUUCACCGAAUACAAACAAACCAUAUUCACAAGAAACCUGUAUAUUUGAGCGCAGUUUCUGGAGAAGCUGUGAUAGAAGUGAUUGAGUUGUUAUUCUAACCUCCGCUGCAAGUGCUUAGAUAACAGGCAAUCCUGACAUGGAGAGAAGAUUAAUUCAUAAGAGCUAAAGCUUGAAGUUUCCAGCCUUAAGCAUCCAGAGGGGAUAAAAAUUGAUGAGAA